AGUGCCAGGAGUUCUCUACAGACGCACCAUGGAAGGGAAGGCAACCGCUGCGUCCACAAUGGGCUCGGUGAAAUCAGCAACUCUGUCUCUUCUUCUGUUGACCUUUUCUCUUUAUGUAGCUGACUCUUACCACAGCAAAGACCUACAGAAAUUGGGCUGCGAGAGUUGCACUCUGGGAAAGAAUGAUUUAUUCUCACUAUAUGGUCCAGUCUACCAGUGCCAGGGCUGCUGCUUCUCACGAGCGUUCCCCACUCCUCUAACGACAUUGGAAACGAUGGAAAGUCGAAAGAACAUCACUUCAGAGGCGACGUGCUGCGUGGCCAGGUCCAGCUAUGAGGUAGUGGUGGCUGGUAUUGUGGUGAGAAACCACACAGACUGCCACUGUAGUACCUGUAAAUACCACAAGAUAUGACAGAACAGGGGACCACGCUGCAGAGCUCAGCUUCACGGCACAUCAUUAUUCAUUUAGUGAACUGUGCCAAAGAUAUUUUUUCUUUUUCAAAAAUGUGUUUUAAAACCGAUCACACUUUUGCAGUGAUCCUUAGUCUGUGACGUGUAAUUAGUCCACACACUGUCCUUUGUAGAUGUACUCUGUGUAAUCGAUGAUGUAAUGGAAAGCAAUUAAAUGAAAACAUGCAUCUUUAU